AUGCAUCUUUCACUAUGGAAACCAAUUUCUCACUGUGCCUCAUUGAUCUUGGACAAGAAAAGCAAAAAGAAAAAUGGUUCCUCUGAUCACAAUUCCUCAGAUGAAAACAAGAAAAACCCAUCUGUUCUUCGAAGAUUACAAGAACACAAACUCAGAGAAGCUUUAGAAGAAGCUUCCGAAGAUGGAUCCCUUAUUAAAUCCCAAGAUAUCGACUCCGAAUCUGCAGUCAACAACAACAAUAAUCAAGAUGACAACGGCCUCGGAAGAUCUCGAUCUCUCGCAAGACUCGAAACCCAAAAGGAAUUCCUCCGAGCAACUUCCCUCGCCGCCGAUCGAACAUUUGAAACCGAUGAUUCCAUCCCCGAUCUCCAUCAAUCAUUCAACAAGUUCCUCACCAUGUACCCAAAAUACCAAUCCUCAGAAAAAAUCGAUCAUUUAAGGUCAGAUGAUUACUCCCAUCUCUCAGAAUCCAUCUCAAAAGUCUGCCUCGAUUACUGUGGAUUCGGUUUAUUCUCUUUCCUUCAAACGGUUCAUUACUGGGAGUCGUCAACAUUCAGUUUAUCAGAAAUCACCGCCAAUUUAAGCAACCACGCCCUGUACGGCGGCGCUGAAAAAGGAACAGUCGAACACGAUAUCAAAACCAGAAUCAUGGAUUACUUAAACAUCCCAGAAAGCGAAUACGGACUUGUGUUCACAGUAAGUCGAGGCUCUGCUUUCAAACUUCUCGCUGAAUCUUACCCUUUUCACACAAACAAAAAGCUUCUCACCAUGUUCGAUCACGAAAGCCAAUCUGUUAACUGGAUGGCUCAAAGCGCAAAAGAGAAAGGCGCAAAAGUUCAAAGCGCGUGGUUCAAAUGGCCGACUCUUAAACUCUGUUCCACCGAUUUACGUAAACAAAUCUCCAACAAAAAGAAGAAAAAAAAAGAUUCAGCUGUCGGAUUGUUUGUUUUUCCAGUCCAAUCAAGAGUCACCGGAGCAAAAUAUUCAUAUCAAUGGAUGGCAUUAGCUCAACAAAACAACUGGCACGUGUUACUAGAUGCCGGAGCUUUAGGCCCAAAAGACAUGGAUUCCCUCGGGUUAUCUCUAUUCCGACCCGAUUUCAUCAUCACUUCUUUUUACCGGGUUUUCGGGUUCGACCCAACCGGAUUCGGAUGCCUUCUCAUUAAAAAAUCCGUAAUCCGAAGCCUCCAAAAUCAAUCCGGUCACGCCGGAUCCGGAAUAGUCAAAAUCAGCCCGGUUUUUCCUUUGUAUUUGAGUGAUUCCGUCGAUGGGAUUCCGGGUUUGGCCGGAACCGGAAUCGAAGACGACGACAUCGGAAACGGCGAUUCCGUUUCCGAAACCCGACCCGGCCCGCAAUUACCCGCGUUUUCCGGGGCUUACACAUCGGCCCAAGUUCGUGAAGUGUUUGACACGGAAAUCGAGGCGGAUAACAUCUCGGAUCGAGAUGGAGCGAGCACGAUUUUCGAAGAAGGUGAAAGUUUUUCGGUUGGUGAAGUGAUGAAAAGCCCGGUUUUUAGUGAAGAUGAAUCAUCGGAUAAUUCGUUAUGGAUUGAUUUGGGUCAAAGCCCGAUAGGGUCCGAUUACGGUGGUGGCCCGGUCAACAAAGUCAAAGGGUCAACGUCUCCGGUCCCACCGUUUUGGUUCACGGGUCGAAACAAAAACAAGAAUUUAUCGUCUCCUAAACCGACUUCAAAGAUCGCGAAUAGUCCGGAAAUGAAUCACGGGCUUCAAGAAUCGCGAAUGUUAUCGUUUGAUGCGGCUGUAAUGUCGGUUUCUCAAGAACUUGAUCGGAUUAAAGAAGAUCCUUCAGAAAUCGAAGCAAAAAACACUCCAAAUUUUCAUGAAAUUGAAGAGGAAGAGAUGGAAACGAGCAAAUGGGAUAACGGGUCGAGUUCAAAAAUGACGAAAGAGAGCGCGAUUCGAAGGGAAACGGAAGGGGAAUUCCGGUUGUUGGGAAGGCGGGAAGGGAAUCGGUUUUCCGGUUCCCGUCUUUUCGGGGUGGACGAGAGCGGGACCGAUUCCGGAAGUAAAGGGAGACGGGUUUCGUUUACUAUUGAAGAAGAGGGCAAAAACGUCUUUUUACCCGGGAAUGGUGAAGACGAUGAUGAGUAUAUUACGGAUGGUGAUUACGGGUCCGGAAUGGAAUCGAGUAGACGUGAGCCCGAGAUUUCAUGUAAGCAUCUCGACCAUGUCAACAUGUUGGGCCUCAAUAAAACGACUCUUCGGUUACGGUUUUUGGUCAAUUGGCUUGUGACUUCACUUCUUCAAUUACGGAUUCCGGGCCCACACGGGUCAAAUGGGUCAAACGGGUCGGAUAGUGUCCCAUUGGUUUGUAUAUAUGGGCCGAAAAUUAAAUAUGAAAGGGGUGCUUCGGUGGCAUUUAAUGUAAGGGACAGAAAAAAGGGGUUAAUUGACCCGGAAAUUGUUCAGAAAUUGGGGGAGGUGAAUGGGAUUUCUCUUGGAGUUGGGAUUCUUAGUCAUAUAAGGGUAUUGGAGCGUGGGGGGCAAAAUGGGGAUUUGACACUUUGCAAACCGAUGGAGAAUGGAAAUGGAGGAGGAGGAGGAGGGCAAAAUGGGAAAAGUGGGUUUAUUAGGGUUGAAGUGGUGACGGCAUCUUUGGGGUUUUUGACGAAUUUUAGCGAUGUUUAUAAAUUAUGGGCUUUUGUUGCCAAGUUUUUGAAUCCGGAUUUUGAUAAAGAUGGAGGGCUAUCGACUGUUGUGGAAGAUGAAGAUGAAGAAUAA